AUGUGGGGUGAGGAAACAGGUUCCUCCAGUUUCAUGAAACGUGUGCAAGGACUCUCGGGGAAGCCCCUCUGUCUGCCGAAGCCCAGUCUCAAGACAGGGGCACGAGUGGUGAUAUGGGAAGUGAAACUGUCCUCAGAGUCUCAGAAACAGAGGAUACUGACAUGGAGACAGAAUCCGAAGUAUGUGAACUGGACUUUGAGUCACUUCAAGGAUAGACUCACUGCCCAGGACUAUGGGCUGCUCCUGCAGCCAGCACUGAGCAAAGACAGUGGAACAUAUUUCGUGGAGGUGACUGACAACUCUGGGAUCAUCAACAAGAAUGAAGUGGUCGUCACAGUGCUGGGUGUGUUCUGGGUGGAAGAGGACCCUCUGCUAGAGACCAAUCCAGUUGGGGACCCCUACAUGUGGGUGUUGUUCAAGGAUCGGAACACAUCAUGCCAGCUGGUUCUCAACUGCUCUGCCGAGGCGGACAACGUGAUCGUGUCAUGGUACAGAGAUGAUGUGAAGCUGAAGGAGUCUUCUGGGUCCUCUGCCCAAGUGGUGCAGUCAGUAUUGGCCAACAGUAGCCAUGUCUACAGCUGCAAUGUCAGCGCCACCCUCAGCUGGGCCCACCGAAGCUUUUCCCUGACUCCCGGCUGUGUAGUGAGUGUGGGCAGUCCUGGGCUGGAGCCUUGCACGCCAUUCCACUUGCUUGCUUGGGAGCUCCCCUGCCGCUGCCGGCUUCUCUGCACCUCAGAGCAGCUCAUAUUGGAGUGCGUUCUCCUGAGCACCAUCACCUUCAUCUUCCUAUGGAGGAAGAGGGGGAGGACAGGCCAGACAGAUGCCUGCAAUCAGGAAAUCGUGGAGCAGAGCCUGCCAGUCUCCCAGGACCCCUGUCUGGUGCAGUCCAACUAUGCUCAGUGCUCAGUGUCUACACCGCCAGAGAGUGAGUCCAUGACACUGUACUCAAUGGUGCAGCUGUCCCAGAUCGGGGAGUUAGAACCUGGGGCCCAGAACCCAGCUCGGCUGAGCCGCAAGGAGCUGCAGAACUUCAAGAUGCUCCUGGAAACUGGGCUGCUGUACAUGAGUGAGAGUGUGCACGUGAGAGUGUGCAAGCACGUGUAUGUGCAUGAGUGUGUAUGUUGGAGGCUCCCCCACCCCUUAGGGCAGCACUUCCUGUGGUGUGAGCCCUGCACCCCACCUGCGGCCUCACUUUCCUCUCAGCCCCUCACAGUCAGUGGCAUGGCAGGUGACACCUCUUCCCACUAG